ACUUUCUUCUACUUCACGUGCCUCGUAGAGAUAAGGAACAAUUUCAAAUGGAAUUCCAAGAUACUAAUCCAAAUUCUCAUUUCCAACCACCUUUUGUCAAUUCUAACAUACAGUCCCAAUUUACAAAUCAUGUUAGCCAUCUGAAUCCAUCAUCAUCCUCACAGCCCAACUUUCUGUAUGUUCCUAUAAAUGCCUCAUACACUCCAUUUGCUAAUCAACAACCUGGAAACCAAUAUUCAUUCAAGAUCUAUUGAAUAGCCAUAACAGUACUUUUGACAAUGUUCAAAAUUUAGUUGGGUCUCAAUGUCUUAAUGAUAAUGGAAGCAAUACUCAAAACUCUAAGAACUCACAUGCUUCUGUUGCUAACAAAAAUUGGACUAAAGUCGAAGAUAUAGCAUUGACGAAAGCAUGGCUGUAUGUAUCUGUUGAUUCCGAUGUUGGUAACAAUCAAAAGAAUACGCAAAUGUGGAAUCGUAUUUUAUUGCAUUGGAAGGAGAAUAUGGGGGCGGAUUGCAACAAUUCACGAAAUACCAACAGCUUAGGAUGUCAAUGGGCAAAAAUUCAAUCCGCUGUUAGCAAAUUUCACGGAAUUUAUGAGCGUCUAGAGAGAAUUCCUCAGAGUGGAUCCAAUAUGGAAGAUCUGAGAAGCAAAGAGGGCAUAUGAAGAUAUCAACAACAAGCAAGACUUUAAAUUUGAGCAUUGUUGGGACAUCAUGAGAAAGAAUCCAAAAUGGUGUACGAAUCAACUUACAAAGACGAGUGGAUCAAACAAAUCGAAAGCAGACAAUGUUAGCCAUCUGCCAAAUGAUUUGCCGUUUGUUAAUCUUGCUGAUGAUGCGUGUAUAAAUCCUCUUGGGAGUGAAAUGCUGAAAUAGAUGGUUUAGUCCAUCCUCAGGGAAGAAAAGCCAGUAAAGAUAAAAAAAAGAAAGCCAAAUGAUGAAAAGGGAGUUGUAGAGGUGUUAGGUAAGCUACAAUGCACUCUAGAAAUGCAUGUGAAUAUCACUAGAGAAGAGCUGGAGCUGAAAAAAGAGCGAGAAAAAAAGGAGCAUGAGCUACGGGAGCAGGUAAUAAAGAAAGAGUUCGAAAUGAAACAAAAAGCUCAGAGAUUGAAAAAGAAAGGUCAACAAAUGAAAAAAAGAGUUAUAGAAAUGAAAGAGAAUGCUCAAAGACUGAAGAUGAAAGACCAAGAAUUGAAAGAAAAUGCUCAGAGAAGGCGCGAUCAAGAGAUCAUUAUGAAUCAGGAUGUGACCAAAUUAUCCCCAGCCAUGCGAGAAACUAUUGAACUGUACCGAGUUCAAAUACUGAAGGAAUGGGAAAAUGAUUGUUGCAUCAACAACAUAAAUCAGACAGGUUCAUCUGGAUCGUGAUAAUGUGUAACUAACGGUCUUUUCGAAAGCUGCUACUACGUUCACGUAUUUAGAUUAGCUAUUACUUUUUUUUUUAUCAACUUUUGUUAUUCUAAGUUAAUGUACUUGUUCAGUUGUUAGUUUUUAUUUACUUGCUCUGGCCUCUGUAUUAAAUGCAGAGUUGUGAGAAUGUGAUUUGUGGGUUCAGAGGUUGUAAUUGAAGGGCUUGAGUUGGUUUAUGUUUUCAAGUGAGAUGAAUUUGUGUGUUUGGAAAUGGAAGAAUUGCUUCUCUAAUUCAACUGUGUGAACUCUCCAUUUUAUUUUUAGUAGGCUCAGGUGGUG